UUCGCCGAAUCGUCCGUACUUCCCAUUUCAGGGAAUAAUGGUAUUGUUCUUCGGAAUAAGGUCCAUGUGGACUUUAGGGACUUUACAGGCAGCCCCUGCAUUCCGGUCUGACUCUCCCGCUACCCUUUAAAAGGUAGACGGAAUGUAAGCUGCUCAGUCACUGGGCCCCAGCCAGCACUUCAAUCCUAGGAAGCACCAUGAAGACAGCGCUCUGCGUCGUUGCCCUUGUAGGAGCCCUGGUGAUCUGCAGUUUCCAGAAUGUUGCAGCCGCCCCGUUGGGAUCGAUAAUCCCGGAAUGCUGUGAGACGUUUAAGACCACUCCGAUUCGUCACUGGAGGCUUAAAAGCUACGAGGCAACUCCUUGGUGCUCGACUGCCGCUGUCAUAUUCGUCAACCGGAGGAAUAUGAAGAUUUGCACCAGAGCCGGAGAGAGAUGGGUCAAAGCUGCAAUGAAGUAUCUGGACAGGAAACACAAGAAGGGAGAGACGAAGUGAAAGAUCUGCAUUCCAAUGGACUGCCAAGAGU